AUGAGGCAGGUAUCUGGAGUGGGGCUCCUCUUGGGGCUGAUGGCUCUCCCAGCGGCGCUGGGACAGAGAAGCUCGGAGAGCUCUAAAAAUAGCACCCAGCCUCAAAGCUUUGCCAUCGUCUCUUUCAAAUGGGAUCACGUCAAGGAGCCUUAUAUCAUUGCACUCUGGAUACUUGUGGCCAGCUUGGCCAAAAUCGUUUUCCACUUGUCCCACAAAGUCACUCGGGUGGUUCCAGAAAGUGCUCUGCUGAUUGUCCUUGGUCUUGUGCUUGGUGGCAUUGUUUGGGCAGCAGAUCACAUUGCCUCCUUCCCCUUGACACCAACUGUAUUUUUCUUCUACCUGCUGCCCCCCAUUGUUUUGGAUGCUGGAUAUUUUAUGCCAAAUAGAUUGUUCUUUGGAAAUCUUGGUUCCAUCCUUUUGUAUGCUGUCAUUGGGACAGUCUGGAAUGCUGCCACAACUGGUUUAUCUCUCUAUGGUGUCUAUCAGACAGGAAUAAUGGGCGAAAUGCACUCUGGGCUGCUGGAGUUCCUCCUCUUUGGCAGCUUAAUUGCUGCUGUGGAUCCUGUAGCUGUUCUGGCAGUGUUUGAAGAAGUCCAUGUCAAUGAAGUUCUAUUCAUCAUUGUUUUCGGAGAAUCGCUUCUGAAUGAUGCUGUAACUGUGGUGCUGUACAAUGUGUUUGACACUUUUGUUGCAAUAGGUCCAGAAAAUGUGACAGGGAUUGAAUGUCUCAAAGGCAUAGUGUCAUUCUUUGUGGUGAGCCUGGGUGGGACACUGGUUGGCAUUCUCUUUGAAAAAACGGUCAGUCGUUUUACCAAGCACGUGAGAAUCAUUGAACCUGGAUUUGUGUUUAUCAUUUCCUACCUGUCCUACCUCACAGCAGAGAUGCUUUCUCUUUCUGCCAUCCUUGCGAUAACUUUCUGUGGCAUCUGCUGUCAGAAAUAUGUCAAGGCUAACAUAUCUGAACAGUCCUCUACAACUGUAAGAUAUACCAUGAAAAUGUUAGCCAGUGGAGCAGAAACUAUUAUCUUCAUGUUUCUGGGAAUUUCAGCUGUAGAUCCAGAUAUCUGGCGUUGGAAUACAGCUUUUGUUCUGUUGACUCUGGUCUUCAUCUCAGUAUAUAGAGUUAUUGGGGUAGUUUUACAGACAUGGAUUCUUAACCGCUACAGAACGGUCCAGUUGGAGAUAAUAGACCAGGUGGUGAUGUCCUAUGGUGGACUACGUGGAGCAGUUGCUUUUGCCCUUGUUGCACUUCUGGAUGAGAAGAAAGUUGGAGAUAAAGACCUGUUUGUCAGCACAACUAUCAUUGUUGUGUUUUUUACUGUUAUUUUCCAGGGACUGACUAUCAAGCCUUUGGUACAGUGGCUGAAAGUGAAGAAAACUGAACACAGAGAGCCAAAACUGAAUGAGAAACUUCAUGGCAGAGCCUUUGAUCACAUUCUUUCUGCUAUAGAAGACAUUUCUGGACAAAUAGGGCAUCAUUAUCUGAGAGACAAGUGGUCCAAUUUUGAUAGGAAAUUCCUCAGAAAAAUACUGAUGAGAAGGUCUGCUCAAAAAUCAAGAGACCAAAUCCUUAAUGUUUUCCAUGAACUCAACUUGAAGGAUGCAAUUAGCUAUGUGGCUGAGGGAGAACGUAGAGGUUCGUUGGCAUUUAUACGUUCUCCAAGUACAGACAACAUAAAUGUGGAUUUCAGCACCCCACUUCCAAGUACUGUGGAAAGCUCUGUCUCUUAUUUACUGAGAGAAAAAGCUGGACCGGUUUGCCUUGACAUGCAAGCUUUAGAGCAGAGGAGGAAAAGUAUCCGAGACACAGAAGAUACACUUGCUCAUCAUACCCUACAGCAGUACCUGUAUAAACCCAGGCAGGAGCAAAAACACCUGUACAGUCGCCAUGAGAUCAUGUACACUGAAGAUGACAAACAAGACAAAGAGAUUUUCCAUAGGACAAUGAGGAAACGAUUAGAAUCUUUCAAGAGUACCAAACUAGGAAUAAACCAUCCCAAGAAGCUCAAUAAAAUCCACAAGCGAGACCGGGGCCAAAAAAGGAGAAACAGCAGUGUCAUACCAAAUGGAAAUAUUCCUUCAGAAAAUCCUGUACAAGAUUUUACUUUGAAAGAGAAAGAUUUGGAGUUUUCUGAAUCAGAAGAAAAUAAUGAUUAUGAAACUUUGCAUCUAGGCCAAGGGGUUGAUUUCCUGGCUAAUGUGACGAAACAAAAUUUCACAGAUACUCCUGCUGGAAUUGAUAACCCAGUAUUUUCAGCUGAUGAUGAUCAAAGCAUCUACAUGAAGUUCUCACCAUGGUCAUCUAGUGAAGAUACUGUGGUACCAUCACAAAGGGCCCGAGUGCAGAUCCCAUAUUCUCCAAACAACUUCAGGCGGCUCACUCCACUCCGGCUCAGCAAUAAAUCAGUAGAUUCCUUCCUGCAAGCAGAUGGCCCAGAGGACCAACCCAGAUCUUUGCUCCCAGAAUCAACACAUUUGUAA